GUCUCAAUGUCAUGCGUCACUAAGAUGCGACUGGUCAUCAAACAGGCUGUAAUUAAUGUGGAGAACCACCAGAGUCUGUUUGAAAACAAGAGAAAACAGGCGAGUUUUCUCAGCUUAGACGCUGUUUUUAAUGGGUGGUGUGUAGGAUAGCAGGAUUUGCGACAGGCAUGAGGAUCCUGCUGAAGGGUCCCAGACACUCUGCCAACCUGCUCGCAGAGCUCAACCGCUGCCGGCAGACCCGUCAGUACUGCGAUGCGUUCUUGCAGAUCGGCAGCCGGACCUUUGCAGCACACCGUGCAGUUCUGGCCUGCGCAGGAGCUUACUUUCACAACCUGUUCAGUCGGUCUCCAGCCACAUCCUCUCCUGUGUUUCCGCUGGAGUUCGUCUCCCCAGGAAACUUUGAGAAGGUGCUGACGUUUGUCUACACGGGGGAGAUUUUGAUUGAUCUCAUCGAUGUGGGGGUGCUGUACGAGCUGGCUGAGAGGCUCGGUGUUGGUGAGCUGGUCAGGGCCUGCCAUGCCACUUUCCCUGACUUGCAGGCUUCUGUGUCUUCAAAAGCAGGCGAAGACGGAGAGCUUCCUCUGGAUUCAGGGAUGGUUGGUGCUGCCUCAACAGUGACAGCCAACUCUGCAGCCUCUGCUUCGUCUGUGUGCUCCCCUGCAGCCUCCUGCUCCUCUCUGUCCUCAUCAGUCGGUCAGUCUGCUGCUCCGACACCUGCUGCAGCUCCCUUACCUCUGUUCCAACCCAAGACAGCCAGGACAGACCGGGAAGUCCAUGAGGGAGUUCUUACUCUGGACUUGAAGGCUGAAGACUUUCAGUCCCACAUUGGCUACGGGCAGAUAGCAGCUGAUCUUCAGCUACAAGCUGCUCCUCUGUUAACAAGCAGCCGCCCUCUGCUCCAGCUGAAAACUGAGCAGAGCCUGGACAACAGAGGGACAGGAGGGAGCUGUGAGGACUGUGUGACACGUUGCCAAAUCCUUUCUGAGAGCACAAAGCGCAGCAAUCCUGCACCUUCCGACUCCUGCUCCCUCCCAGAUUCCUCUGCUCAGCUCGGAGCAGAGGCCUGCGCUCCGACGUCCUCCUCGGGGGAGCCUUUAGACAGCCUGCAGGUGGCACCAGUGGAGGGGGCCAUGAUUAGUAAGAAGAGGGAUGCCGCGCUGAUGUUUGAGGAGGUUGAGACUAGAGAGAGUAAAAAUGAAAUGGAGGACCUGCAGAGUAACGGUGCAGAGGAGGAGGGAACAGAGGAGGAGCAGUGGCGACAGCUGGCAGGAGAGAUCAUCGAGCUGAGUGAUGAUGAGACCUACACGGAGGAGGAAGAUGAUGAUGAUGAUCUGGUGUGUGUGGAGAAUGGAGGUACCAGAGACGAAGGGAAGACAAGCAGCCUGGUGAACACACUGUCGUGUAAAGCCUGCUCAGCGCUGCUCCCUGCAGACCCGGUUGCUGUAAAGAGACACGCUGAGGGCCACCUGACAGAGCUGGGGCUCUGCAGGCUGUGCGGGGGCUCUUUCCCUGACCGGGCUGCCGCUGUUGCCCACUCCCUCUCCCACGUAAGCGUUCAGCUCUUCACCUGUGAAAUGUGUCGCCAGGAGUUCUGCAGCCAGAGCAAACUGCUGCGUCACCAUCACCAGACGGCCUCCACCUACAGCAUACCCCAGGGGGCGCUGCUCAGCAGCAGCCAAGGUCUGAGCUCAGAGCUGAAGUGUGCCGUGUGUACUAAAACCAUCAGCAAGGACUUCCAGACUCUCAGAGACCACCUGCUGAGCCACGUGUGUCUGCAGACCCUGAACUGUGGAGUCUGUCACCUCCCUCAGCUUUCCUUGUGCUCUCUGUUGUGGCACGCCCUCGCCCACCUCUCUUUGCCUGUUUUCACCUGCCCACACUGUGCUCGCUGCUUCGUAGAGCGACCCCUGCUGGACAGGCACAUGACCACUCACGCUGAUGAGGCAGCAGUUAAAGAGAAGGAGCGGUUGGCGCUGGGGGCCCACAAAAUAGUGGGAGGAGAGGAGGAGAUGCAUUGCUUCCUGUGCCCACAGAUGUUUCGCUCCCCCUCUGCCUUUCAGUACCACCUCAGUCUGCACACCACGGAGUCCCUGAGUGAUGGGGGUGGACUCGGGGUGCAUGGUUGUUUAGGCAAGCGUAAAGCUGAGCAGUCUCUGGAGUGUCCUCCAUCUUCCUCUUCCUCAUCUCCACCGGACGUAGGUGGCCUCUCUAAGAUUAACCUGGGUUUGGGUAUGGGGACUGGUUUCAGCAUGCCAGAAAAGUUCUUCCAGGGGCCAGUGCACAGUUUUUCCUCUGGGGGCCUAACCAACGGCAGCUCGGGCCAGGAAGGCGUUGCUGGAGCAUCGAGUGUCCGUGGGAAGUGGUAUCGGUGUCGCUACUGCGGCAAACGCUUCGCCCACUCAGGGGAGUUCACCUACCACCUCCGGAUCCACACUGGGGAGAAACCCUACCAGUGUAAGGUGUGUCUACGGUUCUUCAGGGGCCGCUCCACCAUGAUCUGCCACCUGAAGACGCAUGCCGGCGCCCUCAUGUACCGCUGCACUGUGUGCGGUCUCUACUUCUCCACCCUGAAGCUGGUGUCCUCCCACAUGGAGCUCCACAAGGACCACCUACCACCCAAUUUUAACAUCGAGCAGACCUUCAUGUACAAUGACCACUCCAAAGAGCCGCUGCCGACCGUGGACACCUGAGGGGGCCCCUCACCUGACAGGCCCUCUGGGUCUGGGUUCAUCCUAAACUGCCAUCACUUAUUAUAAAUCACAGCUGCAGCUAAAGACUGCGUUUAUCCAUUCAUCCAUUUUUCCAUCCCUCCGAUUGUUCAUCCUCCAACUAUUUGUCCAUCCAUCUCUGCUUUCACUUAUCUAUCCAUCCAUCCAGUCAUGCAUCCACCAUCCGUUUAUUGCCUCUGUCCAUUGAAACAUGUGUAUGUCCAUCUGUUAGUUUGUUUAUCCACCCGUUAGUUCUUCCAUCCUUCGAUCCAUUUGUCCAUUCAUCCAUUUUUCUAUCCAUGCAUGCAUCAUUUUAACCCUCUGUUUGUCCAGUUAUUCGUCUCAUGCAUUUUUCCAGCAAUCUGUCCAUUCAUCUGUGCAUCUGUUUUUCCACUGAUGCAUUUGGUUGUCCAUCAAAAACAUUUUUCUAUUUAAAGCCUUGUCAUUUUUGCAAACAUCUGCCAUAAAUUCAUAGUAAAGUUUUGUAUUUAAAUAUAUUUUUUCAAAUGGCCUUGGAAUGAGGACUCUGGGAACUUGCAUCUGGAAAAAUAUGGAAUGUUGACCUGAUGAUAAAUUUUAGGAAGGUUUUUGAGAAAUCAAUCAUUCAGACAAUAAAAAAGGACAUCUUUACUUGGAUUUUUGUUGUCCAAAAUACAAACAUUAAAUGUAUUUAACAGUUAUUCGUAAACCACAUGACAGUUACAAAUAAUAAGCUAGAAUCAGAAACACUUUACAUUGUUUGUUUGGAGGAUCCGUUGUUGUUGUUCAUGUAUUCUGUGAUGUUUGUGGAAAAAGUCAAGUUGCACUUUUAAGUCGAGGUUUAACCACCUGGAAUAUCUAAUUUCUCCUGUGCCUGUUUAAACUUGUUUUUAUGUAUGCCAAUAAACCCCUAGCUCUAUGUUAGAUGUAGAUUUUUGAACAGGUGAACAUGUUACCAUGCAGAAGGCCAAUCAGGUUCAACCUGGAGGUUUUGUGUCUGUUUGUGGACUGGAAGCUAAUGUUUUUACCCAAAUCCGGCCUUACUUUGUCAGUGACUGAUAAUUUCACUGUUCUCAGAGUAGCUUCACACUGUAGCAUCCAAAAGGAACGGUUUUCAUAUUUUUGUUAAACACUCUAAAGUUGAAUUUCUUAAAUUUCAAAGUAAACAUGAGAAAAUGCUUUUCUUAUGUAUUUUUCUGACUUUGCAGAAUGAAAGCUGCAAAGUCAGUUUUGCUACUGCCUCUGUUUUGAAUGAUAAACCUGUUCAUACUGUAGGGCUGUCAUGUUUCAGUGCCCAUCAACACAUUUCUGUGGGAGACACGUGUCUUAACUCAUAUGUAUAGUUAUUUAUUGUUUUUAUGCCUUUGUACUUUUCCAUAUCUCUACGUUUAAAAAUGAAUAAAGUUAAUGCUUCUAGGAA